GUCAUCAUAUAUUCGAUAAUUCAGCCAGUCGUGUGUGUCGGUGUGUGUGCCAUGCAAUCUUCUGCCUACCGGCAUCACUGCCGGACGGACGGACCAAUCAGGUGCACCGGGAAAAACACGCACACGCACGCACGCACGCAGAAGAAUCCAUCCAGACAUCCAGACAGACAGACAGACAGGCUCACGACAAAUGCAGCCCACGCCACUCAUUCAAUCACACACCCCACACCCAUACCAUACCAGUCCCCCCCCUCCCCAUGUCCCAUGACGACACCACUGCACAAACAGGCCCCUCCCGAGAGGCGGGCCAGCUCAAGUACCGCCCCGUCUGGCCUCCUUUUUGCCCCGCUGCUGCUGCUGCAGGUGCCCCUCUGUUGCUGCACCACUUGCAGCAGCAGCAGCGGCACCGCUGCCACUGCUAUUGCCGUUGGCACCGAGCCUGGCCACCAUGGGGGUCGGUUUGGGCUUCUUGACGAUGUCAGCCCAGGUCCUCUUGGCGGGAGCGGGGGGCGCCUCGUCAGCAUUGUGGGGCUCUCCCUGCCGCUGCUGCUGGGGGUUCUGCUGCUGCUGCUGCUGCUGGAUGUCCCCCCCAGGACAGCCCUCAAAAGCACGGCCGCCAUCCGUCCCGCCCCCCUUGUCCCCCUCGCCCAAGUGGCCGCCCGCCGUGUUGGCCGCCGUCUCCUGCUCCUGCUCCUGCUGCUGCUGCUGCUGCUGUGUGUUCUUGACCGCUUGGUUAGCUUUGCCUUUGCCACACACGGGGGGCGUGGGGGGGUGGCCCUCGGGCGUCGGUAUGCAUGUGUCGCAGGCCGGCGAGUGGGGGAACGGCGUGGCCCCCUCACCCUCGUUGCCUGGCGAAAGAACAGCCCCUCCCUCCUCCUUGGCCGUCGUGUCGGGCACCGCCAAUGUCGAUUUGACGGGGGAGGGGGGCGGAGGGGGCGGGGAGACGGUGGUGCCUUGCAAGGCAGAGAUGCCCAGCGGGUUGGGCGCCUUGCGCUCGCGAUCGCGAUCGCGCUCGCGCGAGCCGCCCACGAUACCAUGACCAUGAGCAUGAGCAUUAGCUUGAGCAGCAGCGGCCUUAGGCUGUGUCUUGACGAUGUCCGCCCAGGUGCGGGCGACCGUCUUGUCCUCCGGUCCGCCGCCCCCCGCACUGACGCUAGAAACGUCGGAUGAAGCGCCGUCCAUAGUGUUCUGGACAGAGGACGCCAGCCGUGCGCCGCGGCCGCGGACCUCACUGCAGGUCGAGUCGAGCGAGUGGGGGCUCUCGGGCUGAAGGGGGACGCACCGAGCAGGCGUGGCCGUGGUGGACGGCGAGUCGGGGAGUGCAGUGGGGGGCUUGGCACAGCCAUACAUGACCACACAGUCGCUGGUGGAGGACCAUUCACACACACAACACACACACACACACACACACACACACAUGGCAGCGUACAACAUGUGUGCACCCGUUGACUUGACGCACGCACCUCUCCUGACAGGGGAGUCUGAGAGCCAGCUCCACUCGCGUCUGUGAGUCCUCCUUGUGCUCCCCCUCCCCCUCGCCCUCCCCGAGGAGGUGUGGCUUGUGGCUGCAGCUCAUGAGCACUCGGUCGUCAGCACUCGGCAUGCACGGGACACUCAGACACCGACGCAGCGAGGCCACCUCGGCUGUCUCACACGACACACUCAGGAACGUCCGCUUGAUGCUGCACGCACACACACACAGUCAGUCUGUCAUCCGAGGCGCUUCCUGGGAAGCGGUGCGUCGCUCGUUGUGUCUUCUACCUUAAGGAGCCCUCGGCCUUAAAGGCCUGCUCGGCUAUCAACAUCAUAGCGAUGGGGAGGGAACCCACCGACGAACGGGCUGUCGCUGGGCUGCGCAACCGUCGAUUAUGACUCACCUCCUAACUCGCGCCCUC